UCUCUGAGGAUGAGUGUUACGUUGAUUUCUGAGAACUCCUGAAAUGCAGGUGGCUGACGCAAGUUUCUUAUCAGUGACUACUUUUUUUUUCGAGAUGAGUAGCGUUUGAAUAACGAGAUGCAGCCGUGAAUUUAAGCGAUGAAGUGCCCAAGCUGUGGAGACACACGUUUGCUACCUAAUCACAAAUUCUGCCCAGAAUGUGGUUUUCGUUUGGCACACGAUCAAAACAUUCCAUCGAUGGAGCCAAAGAACGUACUAGCUGUUAGUAGUGAGAAACCGAAAGGUGAAAGUCUGCAACAGAAUGGGACUGCUACAAAAAAAGAUCAAAACAAGUUACCUUUCGAUCAACAAUUGGGGCCAAUGCAGGCACCCGACGAUGACCUCAGUGCUUCCCCUGUUCAACAGGAGGAAGCUGUAGCUGAAGAACGUUCAAGGCCAUCAUCAGAAAGUGCUCCUUGCUCAGACGGGACUCCAGCGACAACUGAUCCAGAUAACAAGGACUUCGGAAAGGCUGAAGAAAUAGUAACUUCAUUUGUGGAAGGGGCUUCUGCAGCAGAUACCAACACACCUGACAGGGCUGAAACGGGUGAAAGACAAGGAGAGGACAUUGCCUGGGAGCAAAAAGUGGAAAACAAAGGCGAAGGACAGGAGGAUGAGGGAAGCACUUCUCAGCAUCAAUCCCCAAUAUAUACAUGGUUCGUUAACGGUGCUCUGUGAGGACAACAUGUCGAAACAGGAUAAGUUUUGCUUUUUCAUAAACAGCA